UAUCCUUGGGGAUCUGAAGCUUUUGAAAAAGCAAAGCAGUUGGGUCGUCCAAUCUUUCUUUCAGUUGGGUACUCAACUUGUCAUUGGUGUCAUGUUAUGGAAAAGGAAUCGUUUGAGAAUGAAGAGAUUGCUCGCCAAUUGAACAAGGAUUUCAUUUGCAUAAAGGUUGAUCGAGAAGAACGUCCUGAUGUUGAUAAGUUGUACAUGGCUUUUAUCCAGGCAACCACUGGAUCUGGCGGAUGGCCGAUGACCGUGUUUCUCACGCCAGAAUUGGAUCCAAUAACGGGUGGGACAUACUUCCCACCGCGUGACUCGCUCGGAAGCUUGGGACUACCUUCAGUUCUGAAAAUUGUUUCAGAAAAGUGGAACAACGAGCGCUCCCGAAAGGCCAUUGGUGAGCAUGGGCAGAAGAUUACUGAUGCUAUGAAGAGCGGUGCAACGUAUGCACAUGGUGACAGUCCUCCUUUCGAUACAGUCGCAAAUGGCGCAUUCCAGUAUAAAGUAUCAAGUUUCGAUGAAAUUUAUGGGGGAUUUGGACAGGACUCGGAACGAGAAAUUUGCCGUCACAUGCUAGAUGCCACUCUGGAUGGAAUGAAUAAAGGCGGUAUUCAUGACCAUAUCGGGAAGGGCUUUCACCGCUAUUCGGUUGACGAGGAGUGGCACGUGCCCCAUUUCGAGAAGAUGUUGUAUGAUCAAUCCCAGCUACUGUCGUCUUUUGGUAACAAAUUCAACGGCGUUGUAGCAGGAUAUCCGCCUACUACCAUGGAACGGUGCCUAUCAACAAGAGUGGAAUCGGAGUCUGAACAUGGCAGAACGACGCUUCAAUUCGAAGAAAAUAAUGAAGGUGGAUUUUACGCUGCAGAAGAUGCUGACUCUCUCCCAACUGGUAAUGCCAGCGAGAAGAAAGAAGGAGCGUUUUGUGUGUGGGAAAUGUCGGAAAUCAGUGAAUUAUUGAAGGAUUUAAAAAUUGAGGACAAGGAUGCUGUAAAUCUUUUUUGUCGAUACUACGAUGUUCAUGAGAAAGGGAACGUGAGCCGAUCCAAGCUGAUUUUGGCCGAGGCACGCUCUAAGCGACCUGCACCUCACCUGGAUUCGAAAAUGGUUUGCUCUUGGCAAGGACUGGCUAUAUCUGGAUUUGUGAAGGCAUCGAUUGCGUUAGCGUGUCAGGAUUACCUUGAGCGAGCCAAGAAGACAGUCGAUUUUGUAAAGCGCUAUCUGAUGGAUGAAAAGGGACAGCUGUUGCGAGCAGCCUAUAGAGGAGAUGAUGGCAACGUGGAGACUACUAGUACUCCAACGCAUGCAUUCUCCGACGACUAUGCUUUCCUCAUUCAAGGUCUUCUGGACCUCUACCAAGCUACUGCAGCUGUACAGUAUUUGGAAAUGGCUGAGCGUUUGCAAAAUGAGAUGGACUCUCUGUUCUGGGAUUCUGAGAACGAAAGCGGUUAUUAUAUUGCCAGUGAACAAGCUGAUGUGAAAGUCCGCGUUAUGGAAGAUCAGGACGGUGCCGAACCUUGUGCUAAUUCAGUGGCCGUGGGAAAUCUAGUGCGUCUAUUCGAUAUUCUUGAUAUUGUUGUUGUUGGUGAAGCGUCGAAUGAAAUCGUGAAGAGUUUCCAAAAAGAAAUAAAUGCCCACUAUAUUUGGAACAGCUUGGUCGUGUCCUUGGAUCCCAGUGUUGAUAACUCCUAUUUUACUGAGCGAUCUCCAGUUUAUGCGGAAAUGCUGAAAAGAGGGGAACCAACUGUGUUCAUUUGUAGCAAUUUCACUUGCGGUCCUCCAAUAACUUCUGUGGACGAAUUAAAAGAGGCAGUAAAGCGGCUGGUCGAGUGA